ACAAAGGGGAGGGAUACGCGCUGUGGUUGUGGUGUUGCCAUGUGUGCAGGCGGGGACCAUACCCCAAAACUUCCACAGUGAGAAGCGUAGUCAGUGCAUGUGGAUGCAGCCAGGCUCUCUGGGAUCUUUAUCAAUUUUUGUCCAAGCUCUCUACUUGUAAUCUGAGCCCAGAGAGGUCCAAAGGUCUGAGCGCAUUAGUAAUUUUGAGGAGCGCGGCGCUGGAGCUGCUUGUACAACUUUAAUUUCACUCCUCCCGAGUGAAGCAACCGCCGUGGUGCAAGUCGCUGUGCGCCGCAAAAGUUACUCAACUUGCUCAGAGAAAGAUCGUGUAACAUGUCAGCCACAUGGAUGCUGUCACCCAGAAGCGUAAGGCUUUUAAGCCGAGGUCGAAACGAGUUGUUUGCCGGUAGUAGCGGUGGAGCGCAGCGGCCCGGCCGGGGUCCCAGGGUCCGCUCACUCACCUCUCCCCCUCUGUCGUCUUCCUCUCCCGGCAGAGCCUUAUCCAGUCUGAGUGCGACGCGGCGUGGGCUCCCCAAAGAGAAGAUGUCCGAGAAUGGAGUGUCGUCCCGGGCCAAGGUGCUGACCAUCGACACCAUGAACCCCACGGUGAAGAAGGUGGAGUAUGCCGUGAGGGGCCCCAUCGUGCAGCGGGCUGUGGAGCUGGAGAAAGAGCUCUCUGAGGGAAUGAAGAAGCCCUUUGCUGAAGUCAUCAAGGCCAACAUUGGUGACGCUCAUGCCAUGGGCCAGCAGCCAAUCACUUUCUUCCGACAGGUCUUGGCGCUGUGCUCCUACCCUGAACUGCUGAAUGACAACACAUUCCCAGAGGAUGCUAAAAGUAGAGCACGCCGCAUUCUGCAGUCCUGUGGAGGGAACAGUAUGGGUUCCUACAGUGCCAGUCAGGGCAUAGACUGUGUGCGCGAGGAUGUGGCCCGCUACGUUGCGCGAAGAGAUGGCGGUGUGCCCUGCAACCCAGACGACAUUUACCUCACCACAGGGGCCAGCGAUGGCAUUGUGACCAUACUGAAGCUGCUGGUGUGUGGCGAGGGUGCGACCCGUACAGGCGCCAUGAUCUCCAUACCUCAGUAUCCGCUGUACUCGGCUGCGCUGGCCGAACUGGGCGCCGUGCAGAUCAACUAUUACCUUAAGGAGGAAAAGUGUUGGAGUCUGGACAUCAGCGAGCUGCAGCGUGCUUUGGAUGAGGCCCGGCGCCACUGCAACCCCCGAGCCCUGUGCAUCAUCAACCCUGGAAACCCCACUGGUCAGGUUCAGAGCAGACAGUGCAUUGAGGACGUAAUCCGAUUUGCAGCAAAGGAGCGUCUCUUCCUCAUGGCUGAUGAGGUGUACCAGGAUAAUGUGUACGCUGAUGGUUGCCAGUUCCACUCUUUUAAGAAGGUUUUGUUUGAGAUGGGGCCAGAGUACUCAAAUACAGUAGAACUGGCAUCUUUCCACUCCACCUCCAAAUGCUACAUGGGAGAGUGUGGUUUCCGCGGAGGCUACAUGGAGAUCAUCAACAUGGACGAGGAGGUGAAGGCCCAGCUGACCAAGCUGGUGUCUGUCCGUCUGUGUCCUCCUGUUCCUGGACAGGCUCUGAUGGACCUGGUGGUCAACCCGCCGUUGCCCGGGGAACCCUCGUAUGACAAAUUUAUGAAGGAGCGCACAGCCACCUUAAGUGCCUUAUCCGAGAAGGCCAAGCUUACAGAGAAGGUCCUCAAUACCGUGCAAGGCAUCAGCUGCAAUCCUGUGCAGGGCGCCAUGUACUCCUUCCCUCGCAUAACCAUCCCUGAGAAGGCCGUCAAAGAGGCCACGGACAAAGGUCAGCAGCCAGAUAUGUUUUACUGCAUGAAGAUGCUGGAGGAGACGGGGAUCUGUCUUGUGCCUGGAAGUGGCUUCGGCCAGAAGGAUGGGACCUACCACUUCAGAAUGACCAUCCUGCCACCGACAGACAAGCUGAAGAUCCUGCUGAACAAAGUCAAGGAGUUCCACCAGAAGUUCACACAGCAAUAUUCAUAAGUUGCCAAACUUGUGCCUCUAUUUCACAAACGGGGAGGAACCCACCGACCACAACCAAACAAACUCAGCCAAUCAGAAUUUAUCUGUCGCCAAUAAGUGCCUUUCCUACGGACGCUCAGGUGGUCUCUGUGAUGACGCACUUCAGCCUCCACAGCUAUCUCAUUUGGACUUUCAGACAGUGUCCAAGGCACUGUUUUCUGUUAGAAAGCAAAACUGGAAAUGAAGGAAUUGUUAAGUUUGGUAUGAAAAAAUAUGGUUUCAGCUCAGAGGGAUAUAUAUAUACACAUAUAUUUGUGAAUAUGAGCGAUAGGCUGUUUAUGUGAAUACCAAGCUGAAAUAAAGCAAGGUACAACUGAAGGAAAAGGUGAUGCUGCUUAAAACUUUUAGUGCGCGUACAACUGGAUAAAUAUUCCAUUCCUGCAGGCGGUACCUGACAGGGAGAAUACACAGAGAAGUCUCCAUUUGCAUGAUGAUUCAGAGAUGAUUUUGUAGAAUCAGAAUAAAUGUAACAGUCGGUAUUUUGUCUUGUUAUUUUUCGACAGAGCUGUCAGAUGUGUUUAGAGUUUAUAUACAGACAAAGAGAUCUUUUUACUUCUGUCAACACUCGUGGAAAACUUGAGGCAGUGGUUGUGGUUCCUCUCAAUGCCUCACGGUCUCAUUGAUGUCACAACAUGUUACAAAUGCAUGAUUUAACAUUAAGGGAGAACUUAAGCACUAAGAGUUUAGUCUGAUAUUUGAUAAGACAACUAAUAUUUUCCCCAUUUUUAACCUCAGUUUUCAUUCUGAAAUGCAACAUGAACAUUUGGUGAUUUGUCAGUUCCAUCUCUGUGUGAGGCCAAAGAAGUAUAUUUCACUUACAAAAUGGAGGGUAAAAAUAAAGUGAGAAUAUGUAAUGUUUGACGGGAGAGAAAAAAAUCCUCUGACAAAUGAAAAGUUUAAUUCAUGAGUAAUAAAAUGCAACCUUUGCUCAACUCAUUACA